AACCUCACAUGUUUCAUUUCCGCAGAAGAAGAAGAAUCAUCUCACUUUGAAAUGUUGUGGUCUUAUGUGUUGAAGAAGUAAACCUGCCGCUUUUAGAGGUUUCUAAAGGUCUCUAACCAUAAAGGAGUCAGGUAACUGGUGGCGUUUUGAGCUGGUUAACGUAUGAUUAGAAUUUGUAUUUACAAUGUUAAACUGAGACGUUAGCUCGCGCUGUUUGUGAAUGGCUGUAACGUUAGCUAGCUGUCACUAGCUAACAGUGAUGUCCUCGUCGCGGACAGAGCACCAGGGACAGGUGGGAGACCUGAGAAACCAGAGCAAAGAAGAGCUCCAAGAACUGCUCCAGCGACAGGAGAAGAUACUCUCUAACAAGAGGUUGUUACAGACUCUUCCUGACAAAGGGAAAAAGAUAAAAGAAUUUGCGGAGAAAGUGCGCCUUACCAUUGAACACAACGAUGAAGACGAGAAGAGACGGAGCUUGGUGUUUGCUGCCAGGACAGAGUUACAGUCCAAGUACCAGCAGGCUUUCACUAUGCAACAGCGUGCUAUCUCCAACACACCAGCAGCCUCACACCAAAACAGGCUAAGUGAGGCUGCUGCAAGCAAUGCGAUGCACGAGAUGGAGACCUCACCUGCCUCAGCUGAUGUGCAGGAAAACAACUCUUUGGACAAGCAACAGGACCAGUUUGUCUCCAGAGUGGCUGCUGGUGAAACCAUGGAGACGGCUGCUGCUGGGGCCUCUCUGAACACUGAUGAGACAAAAGAGGGUGACCUUGUGGAGGCCUUGGAAAGGGUCAGACUGUCUGAAACUUGUACUGAUUUUAGUAGCAAGUCCAAAGACCCAUUAAACAGCACAGCAAGAGACAAUUACUUUCUCAGAAAGCAGAUACCAAAAAAGCCUCACUAUGUAACUGUUCUGGAAAGAACUGAGAACACUUCAGCUCCCAGGAGGCAAAAAUUCAAACCAAAUCAGUUGCCCCACAGAAGUGACAUCUCUCUAUCAGGAUCCUCAUCACCCAGUCAGUCUUCUGAAGGCUCAUCACCGCUCUCUGCACAGGCCAGGAGGGAGCGGGACAGAAAACACCUGGAUGACAUCACUGCAGCCAGACUCCCUCCUCUCCACCACAAUCCGGCCCAGCUUCUGUCUCUGGAAGAGUCAGCCGUCCUCCUCAAGGAACAAACCAAGAAGCAGCACGAGUUGCAGGCCAAGCUGGCAGCCCAGAAACUGUCUGAGGGAUUGAAGCUCUCUAUGGGGAGCUACACUCCUGACUGUGGCCCCAUGGCUGCCUAUAGAGAGGUUCAUGAUGAAGGAGCACAGCUCUCCUCAGAGGAAGACUGAUCUUGGAUUGCCAGAGCUGGGGAAACCAAUGUGACCUUGGCCCUGAGGGAAACAGGCUUUGGACCUCGCAAUCAGGGCCCGUCAAACAGGAUUUUCACUCCAAGGACAAGAAUUCUUAAGAGAGCAAAAGGGUCUUUGCACGGUGUGAAGGCAUAGUUGGUAUCCCAGACUCAGCUCAGGAAAUUGAAUGGCAGGUUGAGAAACUAGCUGACUUAAUUGUGAUUCUGUUCUUAUUGGGUUCAGUUGUUUCAGUGUCCUGCAGGAAUAAUAAUACCUGCUGUUGGCCAGGAGUUUUAAAUGCUGAAUUUGAAGCAUGUAUCAUGAGGGAAAUGUUUCUUGUCAGCUUACUGAAACUGAUGAUGUCAUGGCUUAUCGAACCUGAGAGUAUUGUACGUUGAAAUUUUAGUGUGUUAAUAAUUAUGUGCACUGAAAGCUUAUCAGCAGGUGGAGCAGGCAGUUUUGUCUAGACAAUAAAUAUGAGCCUGCAGAGAGCUGUGUCAGAUUGAAUUAUUACGGAAUGUGUAACAGAACUGAAUAAAUACAUCUGAUUUCCCAAA